GAUCACUGGUCUACCACUAAAUGAACACAAUUUGCCUAUGAUGCUACCAAAUGGUCAAAUCUUUGGACAAUUGGCAGUACCGGAAAUAACCAAAGAAGAUGGUGGCGUUAUUUGUCCAAUAACAAAUACAAUGUUUUCACAUCCAAAAAUUGAGAAAGUUUUCGUAAUGUAAUUUCGAAGUGCUCUAGUUUAUGGAGCAAAGUCAAUAGACCAAAAUGCUCCGAACAAAUUAUAUCAAUUCUUGGAGCUCAACUUAAAUACCCAGUCGUGACUAGAUGGAAUUCGUUAUACGACUCAAUAAGAUCUCUAUGCUCGCAUAAGCAAAAAAUUAAUGAAUUAUGUGAAAUAUACCAAAUUAAUAAAUUUUAUGAAAAUGAUUUCGAUUAUAUGGAAGAGUACAUGCAAAUAUUAAAACCACUAGCCGAAGCUGUUGAUUUUUUGCAAGGGGAUAAAGAAAUGGUAUAUGGUUACCUUUUACCGACACUAGCAACUAUAUCUACAAAAUACAACAACCUAAUAAGGGCCGGAAAAUUGGUAUAUUUUUGGCAAAUAACAUCCCCUUUGCUAGAAGCGGUAAAAGAACGGUUUAAAAAUUUUUAUGAGCUUAAGGAAGAAGUAACCGAUGCCAUAACUGCAUCUGCUUUAUGCCCAGAUGUGAAGCUGCAAUGGGUUUAUGCUCUGGAUCCUAUAUACGGCGACGCAAAAGUUGCAGAAUUAAGUGAAAAAGUUAGAAAAAUUAUUUCGGCGUAGUGCGCAAACGAUACCAUUGAUCCAACUAUAUUUGCAAGCGACCGGCACCAAUUUUUCGACUUUGGACGCAGAAGUGAAGUCGCCACAUAUGAAAACUUUACAAUCAACAAAGCGGGAAAGGAGUACUGUAACUACAUUGCAGACCCAAGCACUAACAAGGAAAUGCUUUACAAGUACCCAGCAUUACAAAAGUGCUACUUAAAAUUUAAUACCCCUUUGCCUUCAUCAGCCGCGGUUGAAAGACUGUUUUCUGCGGCAACAAUUUUGAACUCACCACGACGUGGAUCGCUUUCGGAUGACAACUUCGAAAAGCUAUUGUUAAUGAAAGUCAAUUCUUUUUAAAAUUGUUUUUCUUUAGUACUAAGUAUUUACUAAUUGCUUGUUGUAAUCUAUGUAUUGCAAAAAACUCUGUGUACGUAAACCUUAUUUGCUCAGUAUACAGUUGUUCACAAAAUAAUAGCAGCAUUGCUUUUUCGCGAUAUAAUUCCGUUGUGCUAAGAAAAUAAGUUUUUGCAUAACUUUAUAAAAAUAUAUUUUAUCAAGCAACGCACAAAAAUUAAA